AGAGCAAGAAUGGCCUAAGCCACAAAUAUACAGAAUUGAGUUUGAUACAGAAAUAAUCACUUCUUAAGGUAUAUUUUAGGGUAAAAUAGGCCUAUGCCCUAUGCUACCUUUGACAACAUUUGAAGAGAUGGCACCACCUAAUCUGUUUUUGCAUUGCAUUAAAAAGUUUCAACUAGAGAGCAGCACCGGUCUAAGCCACAACUUGUGCGAUAUGCCACUGUUGCUUUAUAAUUUUAGUAUAAACGUGGUAUAUACCAGUAUAAUCAAACAAUAUCAAUCAAUAAGUAUGGCUUCCACAUCGUAUACAUUCAGAGGAUCUGAGGAAGAUCCCGAUGAACCGUUUCAAGAUUCAGUCUCUGAAUAUCUUCUAAGUGAGUCUGACUUUAUCUCGGAGCUAAACAUCAUGCCCAUUGAGUUUGGCGCUGAGCCCCAACACAUUGAAAAUGAUGCAGAGCAGCAGAAGAGUUCUCGAAAGCGCAUAAGAAAUAAAAACAAGUGGAAACGCAAUAUGACAAUUGAUUCAGUUGACGUGUCUAAAAGAAACUCUUCUAACAGUUUUGAAGAGCUGAAUCUGUUAUAUGCAAAAGGGCGUAAAGUUUAUAUCAAAAAGAAAAAGGAGCUAUUGGCUCAUCCCUACUGA